CCGACAGCCACCCCUGCCUUGCAGUCCUGGCGGGCGGUGGGAACCGAGAGGUGGUCUGCGUGGGUGCAACUCUCCGCAGUCUAGGGUUGUCAAGCACUGAGACGGAGGAAAAAAACCACAUUCCCCACAAACCCUUGCGUGCCUGGCUUGCUGCGGUUGCUCGUAGCCAAUCCGGAGAGGCAGCUGUGGCGGGGGCCGAGGAGGGACAUUUUAAAAGGGCCGGGGAUUGCGGGCGUCAGUGGCCAUGGCGGAUACAGCGACUACAACACCGGCGGCGGCGGCCAGUGCCGCUAACGCCUCGACAGAUGCACCGCCUUUCCAGUUGGGCAAGCCCCGCUUCCAGCAGACGUCCUUCUAUGGCCGCUUCAGGCACUUCUUGGACAUCAUUGACCCUCGCACACUCUUUGUCACUGAGAGACGUCUGAGAGAAGCCGUGCAACUACUAGAGGACUAUAAGCAUGGGACCCUGCGCCCAGGGGUCACCAAUGAGCAGCUCUGGAGUGCACAGAAAAUCAAGCAGGCUAUUCUACAUCCGGACACCAAUGAGAAGAUCUUCAUGCCUUUUAGAAUGUCAGGUUACAUUCCUUUUGGGACACCAAUUGUCGUGGGUCUUCUCUUGCCCAACCAGACGCUGGCAUCCACUGUCUUCUGGCAGUGGUUGAACCAGAGCCACAAUGCUUGUGUUAACUAUGCAAACCGCAAUGCUACCAAGCCUUCACCUGCAUCCAAGUUUAUCCAGGGCUACCUAGGGGCUGUCAUCAGUGCUGUCUCCAUUGCUGUGGGCCUUAAUGUCCUGGUUCAGAAAGCCAACAAGUUCACCCCAGCCACCCGCCUUCUUGUCCAGAGAUUCGUGCCAUUCCCUGCUGUAGCCAGUGCCAAUAUCUGCAACGUGGUCCUCAUGCGGUACGGGGAGCUGGAGGAAGGGAUUGAUGUCCUGGAUGCUGAUGGCAACCUUGUGGGCUCCUCCAAGAUUGCAGCCAGACAUGCCCUGCUGGAGACGGCACUGACGCGAGUGGUCCUGCCCAUGCCCAUCCUGGUGCUUCCCCCGAUCGUCAUGUCCAUGCUGGAGAAGACAGCUCUCCUACAGGCGCGUCCAAGGCUGCUCCUGCCUGUGCAAAGCCUCGUGUGCCUGGCAGCCUUUGGCCUGGCCCUGCCGCUGGCCAUCAGCCUCUUUCCACAGAUGUCAGAGAUCGAAACCUCCCAAUUAGAGCCUGAGAUUGCCCAGGCCACCAGCAGUCGAACAGUGGUGUACAACAAGGGACUGUGAGUGGUAUCCGGCCAGCCUGGGGCCACAGCAUCAUCCAGGCCAGAGAGUUGGGGGCAGGGAAGAAAUUUCAUGGGCUGGACUUACAGGGAGGGGCAGGCUGAGCCCACCAGCCCUGGGCCAUCCAGGGAGCAAUAGUGAGACUAAUCACAUUUUAACAUAGGGGAGAAGAAUUCUGACAUAUUUCCUAUACAAAAGAAUCAAGUGCAUUUCUGGGCCUUAUGUGGAGUUGUCAAAACUCCACUCAGCACAAUUCUAUGUAAGCUGAAAAACUAUAGAAUGCCCAUAGGGUAGCAUUAGGAUCCUUUUAUACUUUGCUUUCUUGUGUGUUUUUUUUUUAAUUUGUAUUUUUUUUAAAAACAGAAUCAAGUCUGAGCCUUGGUUGCAGCUGACCAGAGUGGCAGGUAGACAGGUAGUAGAAAGCAGAGCAGGCCUGGGAACUGGGUUGGUUUGAUGGCCAGGAUAAUAAAUUUAGGAAAUGAGAGAGGCCAGGCCAGAUGACUCCUUGGGCUGCAGUGAAGAAGAGAGAGGAAGUGAUCGACACAUGGCUGGAUGAAUGGCCAUGACUGUUGUCCUCAGGAAUUGGCCCAGGAAGUAGAGAAACACUAGGAGGCCUCUGGAAGAUUCCAUGAGUAGGCUCUGAAUGUGGCCAGCGUCACCUAUACUACAGCUACAAAAUCAGUCUCUCUGAGUGAAGCCCAGUAACACUAAGGUUGAGGCUACCCCUUGUGGAGCUCACUGAUUCCAGGUCCCUAAUAGUACCCCAGGCAGGGAGCUGCAAGAUGAUAUUUGGCAAGAACUUAUGGGUAUGCACUGGCCACUGCAGGAAGUGAAGGCUAGGCAUUGGGGCUGGCGGUGGGCUGGAGCUGGAUCAACUGCUGCCCAGGGAGACUUCAGCCACCAAAGCUGCCUAUGUAGAAAAGGCUCAUGCCUUUGAGUGCCACAGCCAGAUCCCUAACACCUACCUGAGAGGCAUCAUCCACCCAGGAACAGCAGACCACAGACUCUGACUAAGCACUCGAGUCCCAUCUCUGAGCCUCUGGAAGCAGAAGACUGGAUCAAGGAGUUGAUCUAGAAGAUCGGAUCAAGAGUUGCAGCACUUUUCAGCUCACCUUUGCCUGCUCAGCUCAGAUGCUACUCAUUCCAUGCAUAUCCUCAAAGUAGAUGCUGGACUGGAAGAAGGCUGGUGCCAGCCGUUGGCCUCAGAAACUGCAACUUGUCCUUCUGUAUGUGACCCUAUCAUCUGGGAGCACUUGAUCUUUGCCAGUCACUUCUUAGUCUUGGAGAAGGAAGAUGUGUGGAGGCCUGGGCCUGAGUGUGGCGCCAUACCCGCAUGCUGCCUUUUGCCUCUGAAAGCUCAGGGGCCCCUUUCUACUGACUCUGUCUCCAUCUCUAUCUCCUUUGCUUGUCAGUGAGGAAGAGAGAGUUCCCUGGGGAGAGGCCAGGCCUGGUGGGAGUGAGCAGAGUGACUCCUCAUCUGAAAAGUCCACCAAGAGGAGAAGCAGUGGCUUUGACAUGCCCCUUACCUGACCCUACAAGGAUGGAAGCCCGUAGCAUGCAGCCCUAGGCCUCCUUCCCCAUGUGCCUCCACCUGCAGAGGGAUCAGGGCUGGAAGUGAAUAUGGGAAUUCAGGACAAGAGCAUGGACACAGGCGACCUGUCAGCGUCGUAGGGCAGAUGUAGCUGAGGUGUGGUGGGUCUGACACCUUAUGCCCACUCAGAAGCCAUGAUACCUUUUGUCUCUCAGCCAUUCCUUGGUGCCCAGCAGUGCCUCUGCAGGACAUUCUCCUGAGGUGCAGUUUUCCUGCUGCUCAUCAGCAAGGGGAGAAGAUGUAGACCAGCAUGGAAGAUAGGACAACAGCAGAAAGACUGUAGGGUUGGAGGAACAGGUAUUUCUGAGCCAAUCCCACCAUAAUGUGAAUGUGCCAAUGACUGCUGGGCUGGAGGCCUGGCCUGGAGGCGGGGCAUGUCUGGGUCCUCUUUUCAAAAGCUUACCUUGCCCCUACUUGUCAUAGGGCCUUGUUCUUUGUGCACUUUAUCUUGGGACCAAAACUGUUCCCCCAGCUCCACCCCUACUAUUAGCAUAGCAGAGACAGGGCCCUUUUAGGUCCCCUUACACAUACUUGCACUGGCUGCCCUGGCCCAGCCUUACCCUGUGGCCUGAGCAUCUCAUCACCCAUCUGCUCUGUCUCUGGAUGAUUUCUAUCAUGCUUUCAAAUUCAGUCCCUGGCUUCUGUGAGGGAACAGUAGUAAAGAAUCCAUCAGGGUGAUGGUAAAAGAGGACCAGUGGACCAUGCUGCUAAGCCCUGAACUGGCUUCAGAAAACCCCAUAACGGGGAACUUCCUGCCAAGCCCCUUCCCAACUCUUCUGAGGCUAUACUAGGAGAGGAUUGAUUUGUGUUUGGAGAGGAGGCCAAGGCUGGACCUAGAGUCAGGGUGAGGCUGGCCAGGUUGCCAGAAUACAGGACACAUCUGCAAUUGAUUGUCCAGCCCUGAUAUCCUUGUCCAACUCUCUUCUGGUCACUUUAAACAUUCCCCCAGGCUCUGGGAUGCUCUUCUGUCAUUUCUAGAAAGCAAUUUGAAAGUGCAAAAGCCAAAAGCCCAAGAUAUCAAGAUUGCCAAUAAUUCCCUUUUCAUUUCCUAAUUGUGAGCUCACUUGUUUUCUGUUCAGAGCCUCUGGCCUGGGAGAAGGGUGGGGUCCUUAGGAGGAGAGAGCCAAUGGAAGAUCCCAGAUGAUCUUUCAGCCUUGGGUGGGUAUGAGUGAGGCUUCAACACAUGUGUCUCAGCAUACCCCGGACUUUACAGUGUCUUUUUAACCUCAGAAAAUUUCUCUGUGAUUUAUGUAAUACUAAUGAACUGUGGGCAAUAAACAUGGAUUUAAAGCA